AUGGAUCAGAAGUCCAAGAAACAUGGAUUUCACUGGGUGUUGGAGGAAGAGCUGCGGCGGCUCUUCGGCAGCAGUGUCCCUCCUUUCCCACCCAAGUUUUACCUGGCCAUGACCGAGGCGAUGGCUGAAGAGAGACGGGCUCGGCUGGAGCAGUAUCUUCAGAAUGUUACUUUAGAUUCCAAUAUUACCAACAGUGAUGUCUUCAUAAGUUUUUUCCGAAAGCUACAGCAGGAUACGUUUCAGAUCGAAACCCAGAGAGCUGCUUUAGACGUUCACCUUGCUGACGGCAGCAGUAUUAGACUUGAUAUCCAGACAUCAGACACUGCAGAAAGAAUAUUAGAGGUUACAUCACACAAGAUGGGGCUAUCAAGAGAAUUAAUAGGAUAUUUUAGCCUAUUCUUUAUUCAAGAUCAUGGUGACGGAGCGCUCUCUGUGGUGAAAAAAGUGGCAGAAUUUGAACUUCCUUAUGUGAGUCUUCAGAGCAUGAAAGAGUUGCACUGUAAGCUUGGGAUCAGAAAGUGGUAUAUGGAUCCUUCUCUUGAUACACUGUUGAUGCACUGUAGAGCUUCAAUUAACCUGCUAUAUUUGCAGGCAAUCCAAGAAAUAGAGAGGAACUGGAUUAAACCAACAGAGGAGGACAUGCAGGAGCUUGAGUUUCUACAAAAGACUGAAAACAAAGUGAAGUUCCUGGAGCUGGUUCGAGAAAUGCAGUUCUAUGGCUACAUACGACUUGAUCCUUGCAUUUGUGACUACCCAGAAGUAGGUUGCUCAGCUGACGUCUAUGUGGGCAAUAAUGAAAUUAACUGCUACAUAAAACUGCCUACUAACCAAACCAAAGAGGUCAGCUUUAAGAUCAACAGGUUGAGAUGUUGGCAGGUCACUUUUCUUGGUGCAGGAAAAGAUGGUAAAGAAGAGACUCUGGAGCUCAGAUUUGAGUACAGAGAUUCAGAUAAAUGGCAGUGGAUAGUUUUUUACACAAAACAGGCCUUUCUGCUGAGUAGCUGCUUGAAGAAAAUCAUAUCAGAACAGAUGAUGAAGGCAAGCAAAGAAGGCCAAGAAAUGGAGGUCAAGAUGCCUGAAGGCACAAAAAGUAGUAAGAAACUCAGCACUCAACAGAAACAGAUAGUUCAUUCCAGUUUUAUACCAUGGAGAUUUUGGGGUCGGCCAAAUGAAGAGGAUUAUGUAUUUGAGAAAAUAAGAGAAGAGGACCUGUGA